AUGUCUGACGAACCGGAAGAAGUGGCGACGCCUCAGCGAACGUCGAAAAGAAAGCAAGUACGUGUGAACUACAACGAAGGGUGAGUUUUUGUUAAACUCAAUUCAUCGCUAUUGCCCCUCGGAGUUUGCAGACGUAAGCCAAAAUUUCCUGAAAUUAGGCUUGAGUCUGCAAACACUGAGGAGGCAUGAGCGGUAAAUUGAGUAUAAAAAUUAAUAACUAACAACGCGAAACAUACUUCAGAGGCGAUACGGAAGCGGUUUUCCGCUCACCAACCGCCAGUACUCGUGGCCGCAAGAAGCGUCAAAUCCGGCACGACGUCGCCGAGCUUUCUGCCAACUUCGGAGCUCUCAACUCUCCAAAACGUGGUCGUCCUCACGGCGCCACGUUCAAGGCUCCAAAUGCUUCGAAGCCAGCAUCGGAUUCAGAACCAAGCGAUCAGGAGUUAGUGUCUGCUGUCAAAUCCGGCAAAAAAAUCCUAGAAGCUGUGGAUAGAUGGAUCGAACGAUAUAAUGACGAGUACAUGAUCGCCACCGCUGAAAUUCAACAGUUUUUCUUUGCGAUUUGUGGCUGUAAAGGGAAAGUUACACCGCAAAUGUCGGCAACGCUUUCCUUCAAGUGAGUGUCAGCACAUUUUUAAACGACAAAAAUGUAUUUUUAGAGAUAUAAUCUGUCGAAUGACUGAAGAUUUCGAAGAAGAAUCGGCUGAUUAUCCUCUUGUACACGGCGGAGCAUUGAAGAAGAUCCGUACGAAUCUGCACACCUUCUUGCAUCUUCUUGUCGAUCACAUGAAGUCGUCGCUUCUGUUCGACCAUACUCUCAUGGACGGUCUCGUGCAGCUGCUCACAGGAAUGGCCGACAGCCAAGUGCGCGCCUUCCGACACACUUCCACAUUUUGUGCGCUCAAACUCACUUCGGCUCUUGUCGACGUGACCAUAGAGUUAACCGAGUCAAAAAUGAAGACAAUGAAGCAAAUCGAAGCGGAAAAGGCUAAGAUGAAACAGGAUUCUGGAGUUGGAAAUGAGAAGUACGAAGCGUUGGUAGCGCAAAAAACGCAGACGGAGGAGCGCGCAGAGGAGAUCCGGCAGAUUAUCGGGUACCUGUUCAGAAGUGUCUUUGUUCAUCGCUAUCGUGACGUCGUGCCGGAUAUCCGUAGUAUUUGCAUCACAGAGCUCGGACACUGGAUGAAUAUUUACCCGGAGCAUUUUAUCGAGGACUCCUAUCUCAAAUAUAUUGGCUGGACGCUUUUUGACAAAGUCGGCGACGUUCGACUCAAAUGCAUCCGCGCUCUGAUCCCACUUUUUGAGAAGCACACAAUUUUGGAUAAAAUUGAAUUGUUCUGCAAUAAAUUCAAAGAUCGUCUAGUAUCCAUGGUGCUCGAUAAAGAUACGGAGACGAGCAUCGAGACAUGCCAGCUGCUUCGCGUUCUCUAUGAAGUCUUCCCGACGCUGCUCUCCAAAGAAGACUGCAUUCCGAUCUACGAGCUUUGUUACGCGACAAACCGUUCUGUAGCUAUUGCCGCUGGUCAGUUUCUCAACCGAAAAGUGUUCUCGUCUGCUGAGCAACCGACAAAAGUGGCGAUUCCGAAGAAUGCGCUUUUGAUCAAAGACCUUAUUGUCUUCUUUAUGGAGGGUGAUUGCCAUGAUCAUGCCACGUAUCUCGUUGAUGCUCUCAUUGAUACGAGUGUCAUUGUGAAGGAUUGGGCGACCAUGGCCGACAUGUUGCUCGAUGAUUCUUAUGGAAGUGAGAUUUCUUUACAGUUCUUAAUAAUUCAAACUCUGUUUUCAGUGGACCCAACCUACGAAGGCCACCUCAUUGAGAUUCUGAGCUGUGCUGUCACCGAAGCGGCCACCGGAGAGCAGCCGAUCGGUCGUAGUCAAGCCAAGAAGAAUGCGCUUUCCGCGAAAGAUAACCGGGAUAUUCAGGAGGAGAUGAGCAGGCUAACGGACAUUCUUAUGCCCCUCAUUCCUCGUCUUUUUGCAAAAUUCGGUUCGGACAAGGAGAAAGUUAUUCGUUUGGCGUCGAUUCCGAUAAAUUUCGACCUCACCGCGUACGGAUCGGCGAGAAUGCACACGGUAAAGUGAGAAGGCGCGUUUUUGCAAAUAAAGGGUUGUUGUUUCAGCACCUCACCGAGUUAAUAGACGCUGUAGACGACCUCACUGAGAAGCACGUGGACGAUGAGACUCUCAGAUCAUUGGCGGAAAUCCACUAUAACUUGAUGGAGCAUCGGACCACCUCCGCCCUCGUGGAAGGCCGACGAAUGAAGUUGUUGGAUGGAAUUGCCGCGUUCCUCCGCAAUUCAGUGCAAAAAUUCGAAAACAAUGAGAUGGGCGAGGAGGAGGAGGCUCAAUUCGUUGCUUACCUCAAACGUAUGGCCGCUUUCUCCGGAUUUAUAGAUCUUCGUCAUUGGAACCUUUGGGACCUGCUUCUGAAUGUGGUGUCUAAUUUCGAUUGCGAGGAAUCGAAGCAAAAGGUGCAAGAUCUCUCGAUUCGAAUUCUCUUCGUCCAGCUCAUCUACGACCUCAUAAACUUGAAGAAAGAGACCGAAACUGUCGAGAAUUUGAGCGUGGAUCAAGUGAGAAAACUGAAAAAGCGCAGAGAUCAACUGAUUCGGAUAAUGUGCGACUUUUUGGAGGAUAACGCGGCGGGAGUGAAUCAGGCGUAUCUUUCCGCUUGUGAUCUAAUGAUAAUGCUCAAUGGCUGCGCUGAAAUCAAAGGCUUGGAGACAUUAGUUUGGCGUCCGGACGACGUGGCGAUCGGCAAUUUGAAGAUGUUCCUUCGCACGAACGUCUUUGAAGUGAACGACAUGGAUGAGAAGGAUCAGACGGAGAAGAUUGAAGUGAUGCAUCAGAUGCGUCGUCUCGUGGCUCAGUACAUCAAGCUCAUCAUUCACGGAUGUCUCCCGAUCAGCGCUGCCUCCGAAUUAAUGUGUCGUUAUCAGUCACAUUUUCAAGACUUUGGCGACCUUUUUAAGAGCCUCAUUGCCAAGUGCAGAGAGUUGAAUUUCAUUGAGACCGGUGUAAUGAUCAUUGAGACUCUUAAAAGUUUGUUCCUCGAAAUGGAAAGUCAAAAUCAGACGGAUGCGAAUUGCGAAGAUAUCAAUGAGCUUCACGAGCUCGCCAGACGUUUGUCAAGUGUAUUCGGACAGGAUUACUCGAAGAAUAGAUACGCACUGGCUUCGUUGCACAAAAAAGCUAUCGAUUUCGCUUUUACGGACUACGAUCAGUCGACGAUGGCGGCGCCGCCCAACAUUCUGUUCUUGGAAGUUGCCAUGGAAUUUAGCUCGAAACUUUUGAAUCAAGAUAAAGUUGCUGUGUAAGUUUUCUGUGUUUGGAAAUUUUAAACGGAAUUUUUUUCUAAAAAAACAAGCUAAAACAAACAUUUCGGAACACUUCCUUCUAAACAACUUAUCUGUUUUCAGUCAUCGCUACCUCCUAAAGAUCUACUCUUCGAGCGGAUCAAUUACCGAAUGGGAGCCGUUCCGUCUCUACUCGAUCUCACUGACCGAUCGUUCACUGCUCGACGGUGGCGGUGGAGACAACGACGACGACGACGCUCAAUCGGUGCGCAGCGAACGGUCAAACACGACGAUGUCGUUGGUGCGAGGCAGAGGUCGUGGCGCGCGACGGCAGUGA